CCAUUUAAGGGUUUAAGAGAGAGAACUUUUUUUUCCAAAGCAAAAUUUUGCUUAGUCACUGUGACAAAAGGAAGGCAUUAUUAAGUAUGUAAAUUAGAAGUUUGCGUGCACUUGGCAGACUAUAUAAGAAGGCGCCGGUUGUUAACAAGAGUAUUAUCAGCAUCGCUGUUCGCUGAUUCUUCCAAACAUGCUUAAAACUUUGAUUAUCUUGCUGCUGGCUCCACUGGUUUCUUCAAAGCUCAGAUGGGAACAGCUUUCCGCGGAGAACGAAUUACCAGCCCCGAGGAGGGAUUCAUCGAUCGGUUUCCAUCGAGCCACAAACAGACUGGUCAUAUUUGGAGGCAAGGGUAGCAGCAUUUUCGGCGACACUUGGCUCUACGAUUUAAAUUCAAAGACGUGGAUGAAAGUGAAUGCCACAACAGAUAGCCAAGGGGUCUCCAUCCCUGAGAAGCGUUUUAGCAUGGUGUACGGCGCUACUGGAGACUAUUUUCACAUCUCGACAGGUGAAUAUACCGGACCACCAAGAACAUUUUUCAACGACAUCUUGCGGUUCUCGUUUUUAAAUAGAACAUGGGAACGACUUGGCGAAAACUCCGAAAUCAAACCACAAGAACGUUAUGGAUCGGCUGGGGGAAUAUUUGACGACGGAAGUGGCACCAAUGGUUUUUACGUUACUCAUGGAUUUUCGGGAACACGGUACUCUAACACACUCAAGUUCGACUUUGAGAAAGACGAGUGGGAGGAAAAAUUUGGUGGCACAAAUAACUAUAACCCCAAUUAUCCACACGCUCGCUGUCUACACGCCGGAACGAUGACCAAACCAGAUGAGCUAGUUAUGUAUGGGGGCUGUUUAGGGUAAGCAAUGUACAAUAUUUUGAUGCAUGUAAACAUUACAUUAACGGUGCUCCAAAUAACAUGCCAGAGCGAUGGGUCUGACACCAAUUGAACCAAUCAAGGCAAAAUGAUUCGUGCGACAUGUUUUGAUCGAAAGAAAAUUUCCAACUGGAUCGAAGUCCUCCAUUUAUCAUUUUUGCUUUUACCCACUGAUUGAUUACUUCUUGUUGAAGUAGGUUUGGACACGAAAACUUUUAAAGGCCAAUCGGUCGAAAAGGGUGAACACUUUUUUCCAUACUAAGCCUUUUCCGGAAAAUGUAAGGGUUCCAUUUACACUUCCACUCAAGUUUGGAAAUUUUGGUAUUACGGUAGGCUCACACUGUAUUCCUACGCACAGGACCCUGGUUAGGCCUUGUAAGGGUAAGUUAUGACAAAGGUUGUGGACUUAAAACAACGACUUGAGGAACAUCUAGUGGCAACAAAGGAUACAAGAGAAAGAUUACAAAUUUGACAGUAAAGAAAUCAAUAUUUUAAAACCAACAGAGGUGUGUUUUCCUUUGUCAUAUGUCAUAUAAAGACAAAAAAAAUCAGACUCAACUCUCUGUCAGAUAGACACCUUUUCCGGGGAACUGGCACCUAUAUAUCCAUCGUAGAGACGUGUCCAUCUUCUACAGGGUCAACUAAAAGCAGUAAAGAAAGGCAGAGACCAACUCUAAGUGUCUGGUUUAGUCAAGUGUCCAUCUUUUAGAGGGUCAACUAAAAAGGAAGGGACCAACUCUAGGUGUGUGUUUUUGUAAAAGGGACCAGCUGUAGGUGUUUGCUUUAGCGCAUUAACUCAAAGGAGUAAAGAAAGGCAGGGACAACUUUCGGUGUCCACCUUAGAGAGAUGUCUGUCCUACAGGUAGUCAUAUAAAAGGAUUAAAAAAAGGCAAGGACCAACUCUAAGUUUCUAAUUUAGUAAGGUCCGACAGUCUGUCUUACAGAGGUGUUUGUGAGGGAGAGUUGACCGUACAGUGUACCUCACUCACAAGGCCUUCUUGGUGGUAGAUAUAUCAGUCUUAACCUUUGCCAAAUUUUAACAAAGUUAAUGUAUAUUUUUAAUUAAUUUUCAGUGGGGGAAUGACAGGAGGGCCAUGUCCAUCAAAAGAUAACUGGAAAUUUGAUGCCACCACAAAGAAAUGGACUCGCCUGGAAGAAUGUUCAACUCCCAGGGUUUAUCCUUCCAUGGCUAUGCUUCCACCACUAAAUGGCACUGUGCGAAGAGCAGUGUUGUAUGGGGGUAAUGAAAAGACAAGGUCUGUGUUAGGGGUGAGUGUAACUAAGCAAAUAAUACGAACAAACAUAUCCCGCAACAGAAAGUAUCAGAAACUGUGGUCUUUUUAAAAAGGGAAAUAAUGAAUUAGUGGUAACACAUCUGCUACUAUACAGUUGAACCUCUCCACAAUGGCCACCUUGAGGACAGAAGAAAAUGGCCAUUGUAGAGAGGUUGCUGUUGUCGAGAGGUUUAAACAAGAGUCAAUGCAUGGACUGUCUGCCAAAAAAGUGGCCAUUAUGGAGAGGUUGCUGUUGUCGAGAGGUUUAAACAAGAGUCAAUGCAUGGACUGUCUGCCAAAAAAGUGGCCAUUGUAGAGAGGUGGCUGGUAGAGGAUGUUUGACUGUAAUACGG